AUGCCAGAGUUGUUCAUUCCUGUUUAUUUUGGCUCGUUCGACUUUCAAAAUCAUUUUAUUACAGCGUGGGCUGAUGAUAUAGAUAAAAAAAGAAUUGCCACAGGUUCAAUUAAUGGAGACAUCAUCAUAUGGGAAUUCGACAACUUUAAUUUAAGACCACUUAUUAAGUCCACUCCACAUUUGAUAUAUAGAGUAGGAGCAGUCACAGCAUUAUAAAUUAUGAGAAGACCAUUUGCAGAAUUUUAGGAUAGCAAUAUGAAUUGUGCAGUAGCAAUUCAUCAAGAUAAAAGAAUAAGAAUAUUGAGUAUGUUAGAUGGCAAAUAGAUUUUGAUUUCAGAUCAUGAUUAAUUUCCAUAUUCAAAAUAAAUAACAUAAAUAUAUCCAGUUGGUGAUAGAACAAGUAGAUAUAUAAGUUGCUUUGGCGAAGGAAUAGCUAUUUACAUAUAUGAUUUAUGGAAAAUGUGUUGCAGCAAAAUAUUUUUGAUUCAAGAUGAACUUAAUUAGCCAAGAUUUACAAUUUUUACAUCUAUUGGGACUGACUUUGCUGUUAUUGAUAGUAAAUGUAGAAUCUACAAAAUUGAUGCAUCAGCAUAUAAAAAACCCGAAAAAUAAAACUAUUUAAAAUAUAUUGAGAAGAAAGCAUAAGAUAAAAAGAAGCAUGCAUAAAAAAAGUCCUUAAUAAAAAUGUCCUCCAGUAUUUCUAUAAAAGGAUUACCAUCAAAUAAAAUAAUCAAUACCAUCUAUAACACGAAAUCUGACAUCAUGUACAUAGUUUAUUCAAAAUCAAUAUAUGUAGUGAAUUGUCCUUUUAAAGAAACCGAUUAAUAAAGGGAAAUGUUCUCUAUUAAGUCUUCUACAAGCAUAAUUAAAUUUAGGAAUAUUCAUUUAUUUAAAGGUCACAAUGAGGCUAUAAUAAUUAUUGAAUAACUGAAUGGUAGCACUAGUUUUAUUUACGAGAAAGAUAUUUAAAAUUUAAUAGGUCUAAUAUCGAAGAGUUAUAAUUAAUGUAUAACUUUAGACUUUAAUGGCUUUAGUUUUUCAAAAUAAAGCUAAUCCUAUUAAGGAUAACUCUUGCUAUUACUCAAUUAAUAAUUGACACCAAUUCAAGUUUCAAAAUACUUUUUUUAAUAGACAAUAUUCGCAAUAAAUAAUUUGUUAUUUAGAUAAAAUGGAUGCAUCAUUGAAAUAUAUAGGCCAGAUUCAAUUAAUUAUGAUGAUUAUUGCAUUUGCAACCUUUAAUAGGAUAAGUUGUUUGAUGUAACAUUAUAGUCAGAAGGCUUUACACUCUACCUUUAUUCUCAAUCAAGAUUUAUUAAUGAAUCCAAAUAGUUGGAAAUUACAGAUAUUCCAAAAACACUUGUAGAUCUCUAAAUUUUUGAGUAAAAUGAUAUUCUAAAAUCUUUGAAUUAAAACCUACCAGAAAAUAUUUAAGGAUAAUUGAAUUAAAUUCAAAACAUCUCUAAAUAUACAAUUGGCUUAUAUAACAAGACUGAUCUUUUUGCUAUAUUCGGAACAGAAUAAGGAAAAAUAUUUUUGAUUCCAUUCUUUUAUGAGAAGAAUAAAAGAUGGAAUCUUUACAUAAAUAAUGAUUUUAAAAAGAGUAUAAUUUUUUUGAAAUUUAUCAAAAAUUCUAUUUUUGCUGUGGAUCAAACAUUAAAAUUAAAAGUAUUUAGUCUAUCCAGCAUAUUUGGUAGAUUUGAUAAUUAAUCAGUAGACUUUGUUUCAACAUAUUAAACAGUCUUACCAUCAAAUAUUAAAUAAGUGAUAUAAAUUAGAUAACUUUUUUAAGAAUCAAACAAUAGCACUUUCUCAAAUAAUGAUGCUCUUGUUGUUAAAAGAAAGUUAGUAAAACAUUUUGUGGCCUUGCUACUGGAGGAUGACUCUAUUGUUAUUUAUCAUACAAUAUUGAAUGUUAAGAAAUUCUCUUUUCAAAAUUAAUUUAAAUUAAAUUAGGGGUAAGUCAAGUUAUAUUAUGUACCACAUUUAUUGCUAUUUUUAUUUUGCAAAGGAGUUGAAGUAUCCGUGUGGUCAAUGGAGAGUGGUAAGUUGGAAAGAACGAUAAAUAUUCAAUAAUUGUAAGAGUAUUUGAAUAUUGAGACUCUAUUGCCAUUGAAAUUGUCAUAAAUGAUAAAUUCAUAUGAUUUUAAAUCAUUCAAAACUGAUUAGGUUUCGUAAUUCGAUCUAUUAGAAUACUCUAAUAGGAGUUAUUAGAAUUAAUAUAAUUAUUCCUAAGAAUUAAAAUAAUAAUCACCAUAAUACUUUUAUGACUUUUUAGGGACUCUGAAUAAAAUUUAACAAAAUACUUUGGAAUUUGAUGAAAUUUUGCAUAUUCUUUCAUAUGAAGAUCCUGCAAUAAGUUAUAGAGAUAAAUCAAUAAUUAUAUUCGAGCCGUAAGAGAUGGGAGAUAUGUUUCUGUUGUAUAAGAUUUAUUUAAAAUAAUUCAAAUCCACAUUACAAUUUGAUAGAGUAAAUAAGUUGUAUAAAUAAUAAAAGUAACCUAAUAAGCCAGAUUCUAGUUCUUCUUAUUAUUUAAUAUGGUUUGAUUGCAAAAAGAAUAUUGAGUUAGUAAAAUAUUCAAUGGAAAAUACAGCAACUAUGAAGAUACCCUUUACUUAUGUUCAUUUUUAUCAUUCUUUGAAUUAAACACCUAUUUUUAAAUGUUAAUUUGGUUUGCAAGGAAUGGCAGAAGGAUUUUCGAGAUUGAUUGAAUCUAACAAUCAUUAAAUAAGUGGAUUAAUGUCCACUUAAUACAGUAUAGCAGCAGCCUUAUGCUUAAAACAAAUAAAAAGUAGAUUUGAUAUUUCAGAAGUUAACAAUUAAACAAGUUUAUUAAGUCUAUCUAGAUAUAGUCUCGACAAUUCAAAGGAUAUAAUCGAGAUAUCUUGUUAAUUGAUCUCUUAAUAAAUAAAGAAAAUGGAUAGUCUGUGUAAUGAGAUUGUGGUAUUAUAAAAGACUUCCAAAGAGUUCUUGUAAUUAUUUGAAAGGAGUAAUUCAAAUGUGUAUUUCUCCUUAGAGAUAAUGUGCCUAAUAAUCCAAACUUAUUUAAUGUAAUAGAUGAUGAGUAAUAGUGAAAUGAUUCACUAUGUAUUUAAUAGAAUAAUGUCAGGCUUCACUCACUAAUUAUGUUUGAAGAAACCAAACAUUGUGUUUGUCUUUAUUAAAUUAUUAGAAGAUGGAAUGUAAAAUUUUCAUAAAUGCAUCUAAUAACCGAAAGUGUGUUUGCAGACCUUACUGUCGAUUUAUUAUCACAUCUACACUGCAUAUAAACAUGGUUUAGCAUUAAAAGAGAUCAUUAGUUCGCCUUUGAAUAAAAAAUCAAAGGAGAAGGAUAAAUAUGAGAAUUUGAGGUAGUACUAACUAAUGAGUCAACUAGACUUAUAGAGAAUAAAACAAAGAUUAAGAAUCCUAAUUAUGGUUUUGUCUUAAUACUUUUUCUAGGAAUUUAAGGCAACUAUCUAAGAAAUAAUAAAUUAAACAGAAAAUUAUCCCAUAAUAGCGUGUUCAAUUCUUGAUUUAUUGCUAUGUUUAUCAAAAUCGGAAAUUGGACCUAAUGAAACACUCUUCAUCUUAGAUUUAUCAAUAAAAACCAUAGAUUAGAAUAAUCAAUAGUUAAGGAAGUACGCUUAUAAGUCUUUUGUUAAGCUGGUAUAAUUUUUGGACAAGAGGUUCGAAUAUGUAAGUUUCUCUAAAAAGAUAUUAAAAGUAGCAUUUGCGUUAGAAGGCUUAGUUCAUAUUUAUGAUCUAAGAUAUGGUGUAAAGUUAUAGACAUUAGAUAGAUAUCAAUGUAAGUAUAUAGUUAAGUAAUUAGCUUAAAUAACAAGUAUAGCCUUUGAUGUAAAGGGCAAAUAGAUGGCUUCAUUUUCUUAGAGGGAUUCAAAUUUAAAGAUUUUUCAAUUAAAGCCGACCAGUAGUUUCAUAUAAGAAUAUGAGAAUGUGUACAUUAAAUUAACUCAUUAAUUUAACUUUCUAUAGCCACUCUACUAUAAGCUAGAAUGGGAUGAGGACUGUGAGUAUAUUUAUUUAUAACAUGAAGAUGAAUCAAAAGUAUUUAAAAUUGAUUGA